UACCACUCUAGAUGCUGGAAGACUUGAAGCUGAUCUUGACUGAUAUACACCAGAACUGAGGAAUCUCUCCAGUAAAAUAUUGGUCCUUGAGCCAAUCUACCGAGCGAUUGCUUCACGGCAUCUACCAUUCGAAGGGAUAGCGAUGCUGCACUUCGACUCUCACCCAGAUCUACAGAUAGACACCAACAUGCCUGCAGAUAUCAUCUUUGAUAAGCAUCAGUUAUUCGAUGUCCUCAGCAUUGAGAACUGGAUCAUGCCAGCCAUCUAUGCAGGUCAUCUAGGUCAUGUGACCUGGGUCAAACCUCCGUGGGCGGAUCAACUUUCUGAGGGGUCACGGAAGGUCAAAGUCGGGAAGGACAGGUCAUCUGGGAAAUUAAGAGUCAACUGGCCGGAUAGUUACUUCGUCAGUGACCUCCUUUUCGCUCCUCAAGAAGACAUGGAGAAUGGAAAAGAUGCGGUUAUUGAUGUUGUUACCAUGGAAACAGAGUGUCUGAGGAGCAGAGAAUUUACCAUUUCCCCAUCGGUGUGUAUGGAGUCAAGAUGUAAAUCAUUCUUGAGCAGGGAGAAAGAUGAUAAGGACAUGCAUUUAAGAGUUAAGGAAGGCAGUAUUCAUGCUGGUGUUGAAACACAAAAGAGAAUGUUACUUGAGAGUCACAGAGGUGCAUCAAUUGAUCUGAACAAUGCUGAGAGUGAAAGUAGGACGUUUCAUGAUGAUGAAAGCGAUUCAUCCACUGCAGGACUUGUUCAGAACAAGGUUGAAACGCAAAGAAUGUCUUUGGAGAAUGGGAACGAUCCGUGUAGUCAAAACAAUGUUCAAUUACUUGGAAGAACGUCUUUGGAGAGUGGGAACGCUUCAUCAAAUGACAGACCUGAUCGCAAUGAUGUUGAAUCCGACAAAGAUGCUAUGAAGUCAGACAAAAUGGCAUCUUCCUCUUAUAACAAUGAACAAGACAUAAGUGCUCAAACAAGUUGCCCAACUCAGCAAAUAUCAAGCAGGGCUGAAAUAAGAAACUGUAAUAAACAUGAUGAGAGUGUUGCCAAUUUGAAUGAAAGGCACUCUGAACCUGUGAUAGAUAAAUCAGCAGACAGGAGUAACCUGUGCAGUAUUGAUAGUAAUGACCAGCAAACUAGAGAUAACACUCACCAGUGCAAUAGUAGCGAAAUAACUCCAAAUUUCAUUGAGACUGGUACAGGUGUUGCCAAUUUGGGGAGAGGACAAGACCAAAGAUCGCGUGCUCCGUCAUCUGGCACAUGUGACACUGUUAUGAGAGACUAUUCAGAGUUCAGUGGAAGGUUCAUUUUAGACAUUGAUUUAGAUUUCUUCUCUACGAGGAACCCAUUCAAACAGAUGUACACGAAGGAGCAAUACAAUCUGAUGGAUGAGCUGUAUCGAUUCGCUACUCCCACAGAUGAAUCUGUUCCAGCACUGAAAGCCUGUCAGAAGAAGAGAGCCAAGCAGAUCAGCGAACUGUCUGCUGGGCUGAAGGCUGCAUUCAAUGGUGAUGAUUAUGAUGCUUCGCUUGGUGAUAGGGAAACAUUCAUCAAGAUUACUGAACUGGUCAAAUUUCUUCAGUCGACGCCCGACAUCGAACCAGAAUGCCUGGACCCAGAGAUGGUUCAUAUGGCUGGGCUGACGUGCGAUGAUCACGGUGAACUCCCUCACCAUGUCAGCUCCAACGAGGAGAUCGAUAGCUUAAUAACGACAACAAGAGAACUUCUAGAAAAGUUGCCGGCACCUACUAUGGUCACUAUAUCAAGGUCCUCCCAUGAUGAUUAUUGCCCAGCACACCAGGUUGAUGGAAUUCAAAACAAGGUUAUCAAGAUGUUACACUCAAUAUAUGACAAGCUGGAUAUACAUUUAGAAUAUGAAGCAGAUUGAUUGAAUUUAAACCUGUGUAUAAAGACCCACCCAAUGUUGGCUAGAAAAUUAGUCUUUAUGAGUGGUCUGUAUGGACAGGUUCUUGUAGUACAACAAAACCUACAUAAAGGGAGGGAAGGAAAGGGGUCUUAAACACAUUGGCCCGCAUUCUGAAAUCAGGUUUAAUUUAGACCAGUCUAACUCUGUGCUAAAAUUAUGGGGAGCCAAAAGUUCAAAAAUUCUGUUUAUAUUUUAUAUUUCUUAUGGUUACUAUUAUGUUUCCUUUUGCUUUCAUAAUGAAGAAAAAUACUUCAGUUAUCAUUCCCAGACAAUUAUGAACAAUUUGGGUGUCAUAUGAGUCAAUAAUUUGAAUGUGUACUGUUAAGGAUUUGUGCUCCAAUUGGCUUUUCAUAGUUAAACCACAACUUUAAACCAGUUCAGAAUACGGGCCAUGAGUUUUUAUGAACAGGUUCCACAUAGUGAAACUUUUAUUUCAAGACCGCCCUUGGGAGGCUUAAAAUCUGGUCUUUAUGAGCAGGUCGACUCUAUUAACAGGUUUCCUUUAUACAUGUUUCAGUGGGGGAAAUACUGUUUGGUCAAACCUAUGGAUUGCUAGAAAAUUGGACUUUGAGUGGGUGAUCUUUAUGGGGGGAUGGUUCUUUUUCCACAUAUUUUAGUGGGGGAAUAUCAUUAUAGUUAAACCUGUAUAUAAAGACUACCAAGGGAGGCUUUAAUUAGAUAAUGGUAUUUACCGACAUAUUUUUAUUUUAUUUUAUACAUAUUUCAAUAGGUAAAUGGCUCUCAGUCAAACCUGUAUAAAAGACGAUCCAAUCGAGGCUAGGGACUGGACUUUAUGAGUAGUUGGUCUUUAUUGACCCGAUAUAUUUUUAUAUGUGUUUCAAUGGAGAAAAUAAUUCAAGGAAAACCUAAUGUGUGGUAUUUAUCAACAUGUAGAACUUUACUAAAGCAGGUUUUCACUGUGAUGUCAUUGAAAUGAUGAACUUACGAGUAAUGACUUCCAUUCACAUCAUACUGUGCCAGGAUGGUAUUAAUACUUUGCUACGGAUUUCUCAUCAUAUGUCGUGUGUGGCUGCCAAAAUUUAGGAUAAAAAGCACUUUAAAAAUACAAUGGAAACCUUUUAUUUCAAGAGAUGCUUCCUCUAUUUGGAGGUGUCGUGGUGUGUGGAGGUGUCUUGGUGUAGUGGUUCAGUCACUUGACUCUUAAACCAAGGUUCAAGGGUUUGAGUCCCACCCGGUGCUAAUGUCCUUUGGUAAGGCUCUUAUCCACAUUUGUCACUCUACACCCAGGUGUUGAAUUGGGUACCCGUUAGGAUGUGAAAGUCAAUGUGAAUAGAUUGGCAUGUGUGCACCAAUAAACGGUUGCCUGGCCACUAUAUUCCCCAGGGAGUGGAGAUGGUGCACUUUAUUGUGGAACAGUGAUGGAUCCUAUGACAGGGGUAAUAAUAAUUACAAUGUAAAGCACUUAGAAACCAACGUAUGAAGCGCUACAUAAAUGUAACUAUUAUUAUUAUUUGUGAAAGAAAAUCAUACUUAUCCUUGCUACUGUAGAUGCUAUUAAAGCUAACUGACACAGGUAGAGUUAUGUUUUGUAAAGUUGUUUGUACAGUAUGUUAGGCAUGGCUUUAUGCAUGCCCUUAUACAUGACUGAUGACCCUUUCUUGUGUGCUGAAUGAGAUAUCCUAACAAUGUCUUUAACAUAAUGGCCCGAAUUCACAAAGGUGGUUUUGAAAACCCAUGGAUGAGUCCAUGGUUUAUGCAGAUUUCCUGUAUAAAUUACGCUUAUUUACCGUGUAUAUUUUAAAAAAUGUCCAAAUUGACGCCUGUUGCCAUGGUUAAGUACGCUUUGUCAUUAAUGAGUCCACUGUUUUGAAUUAAUGAGUCCACUCUUAAAACAGUGGACUCAUGAAUAAAAUAGCGUAUCUAGUCAAAUUGGCGCACUGUGACAAAAGCCAGCAUUAGCAUUGGACAUUUUUUAUACACUAGCCCGAUACGCGCUAAAUUAAGCGUAAUUUAUACAGAAAAUCUGCAUAAACCAUGGAUUCAGCUGUGGGUUUUCAAAACCACCUUUGUGAAUUCGGGCCAAUGGGGUGCAUUUCAAUUAAUGUAUCCCUUGUGAAACUGUGAUCAUGUCGAACUUAAGAUUUACAUGCUUGUUAUUUGAUUUCAACUGUAGUUAAAGGAAAAUGAAACCUUUGGAACAAGAUAGCUUUUGUGAAAACAGAAAAAUCAAAGAAACAGAUCAACGAAAGUUUGAGAAAAAUUGAAUAAAUAAUAAGAAAGUUAUGAGCAUUUGAAAUUUAGAUCAUUAUUGUAAUGUAGAUCCUCCCGUUGGCAAUGUGACAAAGAUGUGUGAUGUCACCUGUGAACAACUUUGCCAUUACUUUUGUAUAUCUAUAAUUAUUAUAUUUCACUUAAACUGCCUCUUUUAUCACAUCUAUCAGUAGAUCAUGCAUUCUUUCUAUAUGAGGGCAUGUAAAACAGAUUUUCAAAGAAUACAAUAUGAAUCAAGAAUUUGUAUAACCAUAAGACAGAGCAAAAAGAGACAUUUUGGGGGCAUUUUAUAGUCCAUCAAAGGGAAAGUUGUUCACAUGUGACAUCACACAUCUUUGUCGCAUUGCCAAUUGGAGAAUCUCCAUAGCAUUUAGUGAUCUCAAUAUUCAAAUGCUCAUAACUUUCUAAUUUUUUUCUGAAUUUUCUCAAACUUUCUUUGAACUUAAUUUGUGAUUUUUCUGUUUCCACACAAGCUCGCUUGUUCCAAAGGUUUCAUUCCCCUUUAAUUUAGAGUAAUAUUAGCCAAGAAAUGGUCACCUGUCCUGGGAAAGUUGUGUGUAUAAAUUUACGAACAGCUUUAUGAUGAAGCACUAUUAUGGAUGCAGUUGAAUGCGAGCAAAACAAACACUGCUGUGUUGUUUAAUACCUUGUACAUGUUCAAGAAAAUAAAUACAGAAAGUCUUUAAAAACUGUUG